GUGUAUGCUGAAUUAUAAAUACAUAAAUACAAUGUGUUGUAGAAAAACAGUCUGAGAUCUGAGGUCUGAGAUCUUUAUUUGUCUUUGUGGGAAAUAUAAUUUCCAGAUGCCAACAUCCCUGAGAGAGAUAUGUGUGACAGGACUGCACAGUCCCCUCAUCACAUGAGAUGACGGGGAUGUGAAUCUUGUCCACAAAAAAGAGAGGAAAAUAAAAUCCCUAUACAAUUAAGCCUACUACAAGGAGCCUUUUCCAAAAAGAUUAAGCGGCCAGGGGUUUUUCAUCCCAUUACCUGUUGCAUGCUCUGUUCAUGAUUUAUGCUUCAGUAUGAGGUUAAUGUUUUUUUUUUUUUUUUUUAAUUAAUUAAUAGCUUAAGAUAGAUUGCUAGGAAAGUGUCCAAUAAUUAAAAAAAGCAAUUUAAUUUAAAUAGCGCUAACACAUUAUAGAUAAAUACUGUAUAGGUGAGUGCAAGAAAAAGGCUUAACAAAAAAUUAUUUGGCUCUGUGCGCUGUAGCUUCAUAACACAUAAUUUCACUUUGAAAACUGAUCGAACACUUUGCAUUGCUCUAAAAUAGUAUGUGUAACUUGAGGGAUAAUUUUAUAUACCACAGAACCUCUCCUGAAACCCGUCCACCAGUUCCUGCUGUGUCGCUUAUGCAGUCAUCUCGAAGCAGCCUCGUCGAUGUGUCUGCAUGUCUCGCACUCGGCGGAUAGAUUGGAUCUGGGGAUGGUUGGCUCCCCACUCAUUCCAGUGCUUGUAUGGGCCACACUCAAACAGAAGCCAUAGGACCACAGACUGGGGAUGUCCUCAUCACAAACCUCCAUCUUACGGCCUUCAAAGUUUGCACACUCAUACAGGCAGAUCUUAUGAUCCUGGGAAUCCUGUAUGGAAAUAGGAACAUAUGGCUCUCUCUCAGUAUUGAGAUAUUUGCAAGCAUGGCUCAGACUGACCCUACACCAGCAGGACCAUGGAAGAUCACAAUAUAUGACCAGGAGAACUUCCAGGGCAAACACGUGGACUUCACUUCUUCGUGCAAGAACAUCAUGGAAUGUGGAAUUGACAACAUUCGCUCACUGAAGGUGGAAUGUGGAGCCUGGGUGGGUUAUGAGCACUCCAGCUUCUGUGGGCAACAGUUCAUCCUGGAGAGAGGAGACUACCCUCGCUGGGAAGCAUGGAGUGGCAGCAAUGCCUACCAUAUUGAGAGACUGAUGUCCUUCCGCCCAAUCUGCUGUGCUAACCAAAAGGAGUCAAAGAUCAUAGUCUUUGAGCGGGAGAAUUUCAUUGGGCGCCAGUGGGAGAUGAAUGAUGACUACCCCUCUCUUCAGGCCAUGGGCUGGCCCAACAACGAGAUUGGAUCCAUGCAGGUUAAAAGCGGGGCCUGGGUUUGCUACCAGUAUCCUGGCUUCCGUGGCUACCAAUAUAUCUUGGAGUGUGAUCGCCAUGGAGGCGAAUAUAAACACUACCGGGAAUGGGGAUCCCAUGCUCACACCUUCCAGGUGCAAUCGCUUCGCCGAGUCCAGCAGUGAGGGCUGCCCUCUUCGUCCCUCUCGUGCCCCGUCUCUCCCUCCCAUGCCCAUCUCCAUCUCCUCACACACCUCCUCAUCCUCCCCCUCCUUCUCAUCUUCAUCCUCUACUUCCUCCUCUCCUCUACUCUUCCAUUCCUGCUGUGACCAGACCAGUUAUGGCACAGGCUUGAUAUCUGGUGCUACAUGGCAAAGUGUUAACAGUGCUUUUUUUCUUUUCAUCACUCUUGCCAUUACAAAAAAGAUGGGAGUGACAGAUCACCAGCUUGCAGAAGCUGUGAAUGAAGCAGUGAAUCAGAAUUUGAUACUUAUCAUUGUCAAAGUGUGAUCAGUGCUAAAGUGAUCAAUAAAAGCAUAAAAACA